AUGCCAGCACCCUCGAAAGCCGACGUACAAGCACAGCAAUUCCGCACUCUCGCACGCCUCGACGCAGUCAAACACCACUUCGACACAACGCCCGCGCAGAACAGGUUCAAGGGCAAGGUGGGGAUCAUCACCGGCGUCGGGUCGCAGAAGGGCAUCGGGUGCGCGACGGCGAGGCUGUUGGCCAGGGAAGGCGCCAAAGCGCUGUACGUCCUCGACUACGACGGCUCGACCCUCGACGAGUUCGCACACGAACUCGAGUCUCAGCACUCGGGUCUCUCCGUAACCCCCAUCACAGCCGACGCCUCCUCCACAGACGCAAUCUCCUCUCUCUGCGCCCAAGCACUGAAAGAACAAGGCCGGCUCGAUUUCUUCUUUGCGAAUGCGGGGACGACGGGGGCGAAUAUGAGCCUUGAGGGGUUGGACGAGGAGGGCGUGAUGCAGGUUAUGAAGGUUAAUGUGCUUAGCUGCUUCGUGGCGGUCAAGCACGCCUCGGCCGCGAUGAAGCAGAACCCGCCCGAAGCGCGCGGAGGGAGUAUCGUCUUGACCGCUUCCGUUGCGGGAUUGAGGAGCGGUGCAGGACCGCAAGAUUACUCCGCCUCGAAAGCCGCGGUGAUCAACCUCGCCAACACCUCUGCCCAAAUCCUCGCCGGAACCGACAUCCGCGUCAACGCCAUCUGCCCCGGCUUGAUCGAGACGGGCAUGACUACUUUCACGUUCGACCGUGCGAGGGAGAGGGGAACGUUGGGAAAGGUCGGGCAGUUGAACCCGCUGAGGAGGUUUGGGAUCCCGGAGGAGAUUGCGCAGGCGGCGUUGUGGCUGGCGUCGGACGACUCAUCCUACGUCAACGGCAUCGCCCUCCCCGUCGACGGAGGACUCAGCUCCUCACUACCCGUCGCCCCGGGUCAAUUCAUGUAA